CCCAUUAACCCAUCUCCCCUGUUCUCAGCGCAUCAUCUCUCUCGUCCUCUUCUCUCUUACGCACGGCCUUCACAACCUCGCCGCCCCCUCUCAGUCCAGUGACUUGCCUGCUCUCCGCCUUGCUAUUGAAAUAAUGGAUAACGUUACAAAAGAGGAUUUGGGAAAGAUCAACUGUUGGGUGCCAAUAACUCCAGGAAAGCUGCCUGUUGCUGAGAUUUCCAGUAUCACAAGUGGUAGCAUUUGCAUCGAUAUGGACAAGAUCGAUCUGGAUGGACUUUCUUGUACUGAAAUUCUGGGGUUAGCUGAUGCUGCAAGUGUAAUUCAGCAAGAACAAUUUCAAACGUCGUCGCCGCCGCAGGACAAGUUCGAUUUGGAUGGACUUUCUUGUACUGAAAUUCUGGGGCUAGCUGAUGCUGCAAGUGUAAUCCAGCAAGAACAAUUUCAAACCCCAGCAAAUGGUACUAGAAUUAACAAUCAGGCUGCUGCAUCUGAACCUGCUUUGGGCACAAAUGAGAAGGUGAAUGUUGAAGUUCCACCAACCCCGUCGAAAAACAAAAGGCAAAGAGUUGGCUUAAAUGUAAACAAGAAGCCUGGUGAGAAACGUCAAAAUAAGUAUUAUUGGGCGAAAAUUGAUGUUCAAAAGGUGCACACUCCCAAGCCUAAAACUCCAAAACCAGUAACUCCCAAGCCAAUUAGAAAGAAAGCUCUUAAAAAAGAGGUUAAAAGAGAUCAGGUUCCUAACUGCAAACGAGCUUUGAAUUUUGAGGAAGGUAGGGUUGUCAAGGUUGAGAAAGGAGAAACGAAAAACACUGAAAAACAACUAACUGACGAUUUAAGUGUUUAUCGAAGACUUCGAUGUAAAUGUCUUAGUCAGUGUCAAAAGUUGGGGCCGAAUUUUGUAAAAUCUUUCAAGAAAAGAUCACAAAGGAAUAAGAAGUCGAGUUUUAAACAAUUUGAAGGAUUUCACCAUACUUCCAUCCUUCAAGAUUUGCUUGAUCGAAUUGCUGUUGUAAAAGGUAAAUCAAGGAUGUUAUUGUUUAGCCGAGUGAAGACUUUUGAAGAAGUAAAAGAGUCUUCAAAAUGUAUUAUGAGUAUACUAGCUUCACCAAUGAGGUUCAACAAGAAAAAGAGAUCAUCGAAGAGAUUGACUUCAACAGUUAGGAAGCAAGCGAUCAUCCCUGAUCACACAAUGCCAUGUUCUCUUCCUUUAUUAGAGUCGCUUAUCCCAAGUGAGGGUACGUUCUCAUUAUUUUAACUUUCUAGACAAUAUUUCAGUACCUAAAAUUUAAUAAAUAAAUUGUUGCAGAGAAUAAGCAAGAUAAGGUGGAUGUAGAACUAUGUCAAAUUGGGAGUGAAGAACUACACGAAAGAGUUGUUUCUUCGUCACGUUGCUCUACCUCAAACCGUCUUUCAAACACAGAAAACAAAGUAAAGGUUGCAAAAGAAAAGAUGUCAAAGCGUACCUAUAAACGCAAGGAUAAACGUGAAAAUUAUUUGAGCAAGCUUGAUGAUUGGAAUAAUACAUCAUUAGAACAAAUAAUGGAUGCGUUUGUUCAAGAAUUUGAAGCUUUGCAACUUUACGAUGACCCUAAGAAACUUGAAAGAUGGAGUGUAAUGUUGAGUGAGCCAAAUAUUGGAGAUGAUGGAUCUGAAAUACCAAAUGAAGAGAGCGCUCGUUUUAGAGAAGAAAGAGAGAUUUUGCUUGCAAAGAUUUAUGAAUUUAUUUCUGAAAUGACCAAAUAUCAAGGGAGUAAGGAAUUUGUGAAAUGGAAUGGUUCCGUAUUGGAUUCGAUGGUUGGUGUUUUUCUCACACAAAAUGUGUCUGAUGUUCUCUCAAGUAAUGCAUACAUGGCAUUGGCCUCACGAUAUCCUAUAAAAGGAGGAAAUAAUGAAGAUGGAGGUGAUGCCAAAUUGAAUAAUGGCAGCAACAAGACAGAGAGUGUGGGUAGUAACGUGAUCAUUGAGUAUCCUUACGAAGAAGAAACGAUUCCAGUUCUAUAUGAGGAGGAAACAAUUUCAAUUCCAGUUGAAGUAAAUUCUUCACCUUUUUCGGGUGGAGAAGAAAUUGAAGAAGGAGGAGAUUCGACUAAGGAAUAUGAAGCUGCAUUUAAUGAUAUGAUGCAAUUAUUACCUUUCCUACAAAAAUAUAAAUUAGAAGAUAAAAAAGUUGGAGAUAAACCAAAUAAGGUUAAGGUUGAUUGGGAAGGCAUUCGACUCCAUUUUGUAGGGAAGAAUAAUAAUCCUCAAAGGAAUCCAGACACACACGAUUCCGUAGAUUGGGAUGCAGUAAGGAAAGCUCCACUUGCGCAUAUUGCUACUACAAUUAAGGAAAGGGGUCAAAAUUGGAUUAUCGCAAGGAAAAUUCAGAGAAUGCUCAAUCGACUAAUUCAUCAACAUGGGACUCUGGAUGUUCAAUGGUUACGUGAUGCCCCACCUCAAGUAGCAAAGGCAUAUUUGCUAAGCUUUUAUGGACUUGGCUUGAAAAGUGUCGAAUGCUUGCGGUUAUUAACACUUCACCACCAUGGCUUCCCCGUUGAUGUAAAUAUCGCUCGAACUGCGAUACGUCUAGGUUGGGUUCCUCUCAAGCCAUUGCCUCUAGGAUUGCCCUUUCAUCUUCUUCAAAAGUACCCAUUAGAAAAUGAAAUCCAGCAAUAUUUGUGGCCCAGAUUGUGCCAUCUGAAGCAAGAAUCAUUGUAUCAAAUACAUUAUCAGAUGAUCACAUUCGGAAAGGUUUUUUGUCUCAAGAAAAAUCCGAACUGUAGAGCAUGUCCACUCAAACAAAAUUGCAAAUAUUACAAAAGCGUGGUAGACAGUACGAAAAUUAAACAUCCUCUUCUGUCGUGGACAAACAAUAAGAUGGUGAAAUCAAAGAGGAAUUCUAAGAAGAUUAAGAAUCUACCAAAUCCUUUUAACAUAAAAAAAUCUUCCAUACCUUUGCUUGUGACCUCGAAUCAUGAUUUAUCCAUUACCGCAAAUCUGUCUCCCAUAAUAGAUUGUAAUACAAACCUACCUCUUUUGAAAUCACAUCAUAGUACCUCCUCCCAACAAUGUAAUCCUAUAGUUGAGUUUCCCGCAUCUCCAAAGAAAGCUGAAGAAGCUGACAUUGAAGAUUUAUUCAAAGAUGACGAUGUGAAUGAGGUGGAUGAAGAAGAUUGUAUAGUUAUCAAGCUUGAAACACAUUUGUUUGAACAAGCAUUGUCGAGCUCAAUUGAAGAGCAUAAUGUGUCAUCACACAACGAUGGUUUGUCAAGAGCUUUAGUUAGUAUAUCUCCAGAUGAUACCUCUAUUCCUUUGCCUAAGCAAAUUAAUCCGGCUCGUUUGAGGACAGAACACCAAGUAUACGAAUUGCCGUACAAUCACUUGCUCCUCAAAGAUUUCGAUAGGCAACAAGGACACAUACCUUAUCUUCUUGCCAUAUGGAGACAAGGUCAAAAUGAGAAGAUUGGUGAUAAUCUGGAAGGGUGCUACGACCAUAGUGUUCCAGGAACAAUUUUGAUACCUGUUCGAUCAGCAAUGAGAGGAUCAUUUCCUCUCAAUGGUACCUAUUUUCAAGUUAAUGAGGUUUUUGCGGACGAUGAAAGUAGUGAACAUCCCAUCAACGUUCCUACAAGUUUGAUAUGGAUGCUAGAGAAACGAACUUUAUACUGUGGUUCUGGCACAUCAUCAAUAUUUAGAGGUUUAACUGAAGACGAGAUUCAGCGUUGUUGUUGGCAAGGUUAUGUUUGCACAAGGAGUUUUAAUAAAAAAACUCGAGCGCCAAAGCCGUUACCGCUCAGAUUUCAUAAUCGUCUACAAGUAAAGGGAAAACUGCAGCAAGAUGGAGAUGAUGAGGAUUAGAUGUGAAUUAAGGUUUGUUGUAUAGUAAUUAGGGAGGUGAUUCUUUUACACUUGUAAAAAAAAUCUAGGCUAAUCACAAAAUUAUAAGAUGUAAUUAUGAAGUUGUAUUAUUGUUCUUAAUCUAUAUAAUUUAAAUGAUUAUGAGCAACUUUAUGAUUGAUAAAUAAUUGUAAGUGAUGUUUUUUUUUUUUUUUUUUAUGUUUGGCACUUCUCGAUGGAUGAAUUUUUAGCGAGAAUUAAUAUUUGAACUAGUUUUUAGGCCUAUAUAUGCCUUAGGUAAUUAUAUUUAUUAAGUUUUAUUUUAAAAUGAUAAUAUCAAGUAUUACUUGAUUUAGGGUCAGUUCUCUUCGGCAUAAAAUAGCUGAACUGAAAUAAAUAGUGAUAUGUGAGAGUAAAAGUAUUGUUCAAAACUGAACUGAAUUGAACUGACUGACAAUAAGGUGGGGAGAACAGACCCUAAUGGUUAAGACUUGCUUAAGAAUGCCUUUUAAUAUAUUAGUAUAAAUAUAGAUUUUUAAAGGGUCAUUUAAAAGGUAGCUUAAACAAAAAAAAUAAUUUCAAUAAAUUAAAUUGCGAAACGCUUUCUUUGGAGAAAUAUACUUCUCACUUCUCCGGUUUUGAGAUUGAGAU